AACCUUCAGGUUGAUCUUUGUAAUUAAUCAAUACUUAGGUUUUGAUACUUCCAGUUUUGGUUGCCGUGGGUUUACCCGACCGCGAACCGACUCGCGCCCCAACUUCCCGUUCACAACGUUUUAACAGUGGCAUACACAGAGGUUGCCCAAAAAUCAUCAAUCCGUUGUUUCAAGUUCAAACUUUGUGCCCUAGAAGAAGAAUUUAAGGAAACAUGUCGGGCAUGGGAGAUGGAUACGUGGGUACGGCCCAAGACGCCGUCAGAAUCCGACGGCUUGAAAAGCAGAGAGAAGCAGAGCGGCGAAAAAUUCAGGAGCUAAAGAAUAAGACUGCUUCAUCUAAAGGCCAACCUGGUCUUCUUCAAUUCGGGUCCAGUACAUCCGAGAUUCUCGAGACUGCUUUUAAAAAGGAAACUGUGGGUCUUGUUACAAGGGAGCAAUAUGUUGAGAAGAGGGUCACUAUUAAAACCAAGCUUGAAGAGGAAGAAAAGGAGAAGCUUCAGAAAUUGCAACAAGAGGAGGAAGAGCUUCAGUUACAAAAGCUUAAAAAGAGGAAGAUAAAGGCUGACCCUCGGCUAUCUUUUUGCGAUGAUUUGGAUAAUGGCAACGAAGAUGAAGACGAGGAAAACAAGAAUGAAGAAUCUGACAAGCGUGUGUGGAGAAAAUUUGGCAAAGAUCCUACAGUAGAGACCAGCUUCUUACCGGACAGUGAGAGGGAGGCAGAGGAACAAGCUGAACGUGAAAGGCUCCGGAAACAGUGGGUGCGCGAGCAGGAGCUAAUCAAAAACGAGCCUCUACAAAUCACUUACAGCUAUUGGGACGGAACAGGCCACAGACGAGUGAUCCAGGUGAGGAAGGGUGAUUCCAUAGGGGAGUUUCUUCGGGCUGUUCAGCAGCAGCUUGCACCUGAGUUUCGAGAGGUUCGAACUACUUCAGUGGAGAAUCUUCUUUAUGUGAAAGAAGAUCUAAUCAUUCCUCAUCAACACAGUUUCUAUGAGCUGAUUAUAAACAAAGCCAGGGGAAAGAGUGGACCGCUUUUUCACUUUGAUGUCCAUGAAGAUGUGCGGACCAUUGCUGAUGCUACUAUAGAGAAGGAUGAGUCACAUGCUGGGAAAGUUGUAGAGAGGCAUUGGUAUGAAAAAAACAAGCAUAUAUUUCCAGCUUCUCGGUGGGAGAUAUAUGACCCAACAAAGAAGUGGGAGCGAUAUACAAUCCACGGGGAUUAAGCGUAUCAAAAUCAUUUCACGCCAACGUGCGCGUGUCAGUUUACACCAUUGGACUGUUAAAGACAGGAGGACUGUAUCUAUAAUAUUUACUUGUAUGAUGCUUGUGUAAGAACAAAUGGGCUGCCAAUGUAUUGUCCUUUUUGGACUGAGAACUCCUGUUCUGGAUAAUUAAUGUACGGCCUUUUGUUUUAACAUUUUUAUUUCUUCUUCUACUUUGUUUUUCAGUUUCCAAAGAAUAUCCCUGUUGAACUCUAGAUGGCAACGUGCGCACUACAAGUCCACUUUCAGUUAUUACUGCAUCUUUAGUUAAUUUGUUGAUGCCACUUGCUUGGCGUAGUAAACAGAAAAAUGGCGAAACAGUUGGCAUGACAAUAUUAACUUGUAUUUUUAGCUUUCA